AACUUUUUUGCUUUGAUGAUGGGUGUGGAAGCCACAACUCCAAUGGUGUCACCCUUUAAUACUCAGAGACCUGAGCAUUGGGAGCAUUUUGAUGACUCAGUAAAUGCAGUGUCUUUUGGGUUUGUUGCCACUGCCAUCCUCAUUUCUAUGUUUCUUCUUUUGGCUAUCUUUGAGAGGUUUCUUAGGCAAAGAUCAAGUGAAGCCAAUGUUGCAACUCCAAUAGAUCUUGAACACCAAAUCGACUUUGGAGGAAAGUUGGAAAAUCUAUCACCUAAGAUGACCAUUUAUAGAAGAGGUGUAUUAGUGCUGAUGCCAGGAGAGAAGAUUCCUACAUUCAUUGCACUUCCAGCUCCUACACCAUGUGGUCGCGAACCCAUUUCAUGGCCAAUUCAACGUAGUUCAGGCUCCCCUGAACCUUUAGCAUCAAUGAGAGACUAUAAUCUAACCAGUAACUAGAAAUAUGAUGGUUCAUCCCUUUUGAUAUGUGGCAACAAUUAAGGUCAUAUCAUUUAGCAGUGUGCAAAAUUAAAGCCUCUGGUAUGAGAUUAUCAUUCAUGGGCAUCACUUGGAUCAUAAAAAUAGCAGAAUGCAUCUCUUUCCCACACAAUUGAAACCCCUUUUACCCCCAAUUACUUGUGUGGAUCUGCUACUUAAAGUCAUGUAAAAGUUUUGUACAUAUUAUGAAGCACAAUUGCAUUGUAAUUUUCAGUGGAAGCGUGAAAUUUCUCAAGUUCCAUUUUUCAAGGAAG